AGAACCGCUACUUCCGGUUGCACGCAUGUACACAACGCAACAUUAGAUCAUGGAUUCCUCACAGAAUAACGACUCGACGAACAGUGGUCUUCAAGACAGUACAUCAGAUGAUGAAAAGGAGUUUUGUCCUGGUUUCAAAGACGCGGAUGCUUUCGUUAAAUGUGGAUUUGGAGCUGUAGUAUCCGCUACCAAAGCAUCUGCUAGUUUACCUCAACCUGGGGAUGAAUAUGAUUUCUAUCGGAGUUUCCCCGGUUUCCAGGACUUCUGUGAAAGUCAAGGAGAUAAGCUUUUACAAUGCAUGGCUCAGAUUAUGCAGUACCACGGCUGCAGGUCUCAGGUCAGAGACAGGAACAAGAUCACGGGGCUGGAGGAGAGGUUUGACCUUGUUGUGGACGCAAAUGAAGUUAUUCUUGAAAGAGCGGGGAUUCUCCUCGAUGAAGCCGAUGGAGUGAACAGGAGCCAAAAGCCUGUCAUGCCUGCUGGAUUUCAGCCCCCCAAAAUAGUUGUUUCCAGCUGGAAUCGAAAGGGUUCCAGCUCUGGGAGUCGUUCUGAGACCUUCAGACUGCUCCACGCCAAGAAUAUUGUGAGGCCGCAGCUGAAAUUCAAGGAAAAAAUUGACAACAGCAACACACCUUUUAUUCCAAAGAUAUUCAUCAAGCCCAAUGCUGUAAAGCCACUUCCAUCCUAUUUCACCAACAAACAAAUACGGAAGGAGAGGCCGGAGGACGUUGAUGUUCCAGCUGCCCUGGCUGACUUCAUUCACCAGCAGAGAACUCAGGAAAACACAGAAGACAUGUUUGCACACCCAUACCAGUAUGAGCUGGACCAUAUUUCCAUACCAGAAAACCUUUUGUCCAAACCAGAACCUCAGAUGUACAAGCCAAUUUCGGAGACAAAUUUAACGUUCAUCAACUCACUGGAGAACCUGGUUGCUCUGAAUGAGAAGCUGUGCAAAUUGUCUGAAUUUGCAGUGGACCUUGAGCACCACUCCUACAGGAGUUUCCUCGGCCUCACCUGUCUGAUGCAGAUCUCCACCAGAGAGGAGGACUUCAUCAUCGACACCCUGGAGCUUCGCAGCGAGAUGUACAUCCUGAACGAAGGGUUCACAGACCCGGCUAUAGUCAAGGUGGUGUUUCACGGUGCCGACUCGGACAUUGAGUGGCUUCAGAGGGACUUUGGUCUGUACGUCGUCAACCUUUUUGACACCUAUCAGGCGAGCCGAGCUCUCAACCUGGCCAGACAUUCCCUCGACCAUUUGCUCAAACACUUCUGUAACGUGGACGCAGACAAACGUUACCAGCUGGCUGACUGGAGGAUUCGCCCCUUACCAGAUGAGAUGGUGCAGUAUGCCCGGACAGACACCCACUAUCUCCUCUACAUCUACGACUGCAUGCGGGCGCAGCUGUUGGACUCCAACCACGGGCGGCCUGGCCUCCUGCAGAGCGUGUGGAACAAGAGCAAAGACGUUUCUCUGAAGAAAUAUGUGAAGCCCAUAUACACAGAGGAGUCGUAUUUGGAGUUGCAGAGGAAGCAGAAGAAGUCUUUCAAUACCCAGCAGCUCACUGCCUUCAGACUUCUGUACGCCUGGAGGGACAAGCUGGCCAGGCAGGAGGAUGAAAGCACUGGAUACGUCCUGCCCACACACAUGAUGAGCAAGAUAUCUGAGGAGCUGCCUAAGGAGCCUCAGGGCAUCAUCGCCUGCUGUAACCCUGUCCCCCCGCUGUUGAGGCAGCAGGUCAACGAGCUACAUUUGUUUGUGCAACAAGCCAGGGAAAUGCCCCUCCUGAAGGCUGAGAUUGCUGCUCAGAAGAAAAAAGGACUCACACCCAGUAAAAAGCCAGAAGUCACAAUGUUCGGCCCGCAUGAUACAUCCCAGACCUCUGAGAGUGACCUCCCCCAAUUUUCAUAUGACGAUGCUCCAGUCAAACGGGGGAUACUUUUCUCUGAGGAUGAGCAGAAAAUGGAUGACAGCAAAACGAGCGGUCUCCUGGCACCGCCUGUAAUCACCCUGUUCCAGGAGGUGGAAACGAGCGAACAGGAGCAAAUCUCGGUAGCUCAGAUGAAAGCCAGGCGGAUCAUCGAGUCCUUUGAAAACCCUUUCAGAAUGUAUUUACCUCCCACAGACGCACACAUCAACAAGAAUGCCAAGUUUGACCCAUCCUCGAAGAUUUUUGAGAUUAGCAAAAGAUGGAAACUGCAGAGCAUCGAACAGCAACAGAAGGAGUUGGACGUCAAGAAGAAGGCCAAAGACGAAGAGAAGAAGCAGGCAAAGAAAGCUAUAGAAGAAAGAACCAAGGCUAAACAGAGCUAUCAGGAGUCUCUCAAGAACGUCGCCACUGUGCGCCAGCAAGCAGCAGAGGCUGCUAAAGGAAACCAGAAGAAAAGAGAGAGGGUUGAAAGUGAGGUUGGAGAGACGACUCCCAAACCAAGCAAGAAGCUGCUGACCUCCGGAGAGAAGCCCCAGAAGACGGAAGCGCCUCCGCAAGAAAGCUUCAAGCCCUUCGACUACAGUCAGUCAGACCUCAAAGUCUUUUCCGGAGCCAAACCAAAUGACAACACACAGUUUGAUCCAAACCGGCAAGCUCAUGGCUUUAAGAAAAAGAAAACUCCUCAGGGACAAAAGAACAAUUUUGCAGCUGGAAACAGAAGUAUGACGUACCUGCCGGGCAAAUCGGACAGAGGAUUCCGGCAUAACUGGCCCAAGAGAUAGACUCUUUAAUGCAAUUUUCUUUCUUGCCUCAAAUUGGCUCACAGACUCAGUGUUGUCUUUCCUUUUUUUUCCUUUGUAAAAAAAGGGAACAUUAAUAUUUCAGUUUUUUCAAAGUGUAUUUUCUCCAUGUGAAACAGUUUGUCCUGUAAAUAUGUGGAACCACAACACUUCUUUAUUAAAGGUUUUUAGAGGAGUGUGCUACUGUCUUUUUUUUCUGUUUUUUUUAAAGAAUUUAUGAAUUUAAGAUGCUAGUUAGGACGUGUUGUGUGUUGAUAUUGAGCAAUACCUAAGCAUGUGCAUGCCAGACUGUGGCUGCUGGAUUUGUUUUUUGGGAAUUUUCUAUAAGUAAGAUGGAGUAAUUUGUGCCCAUGAACAAAACCAGUUUAUUCAGAGUGUAGCUUUCUCUAUAUUUGAUGGUCUCAAGAGAGUUUCUUUAGCAGAUAUUUAGGUGUUGCUAUACAUUAUGUAACCUGUUUUAAUUAAAUCAGCCAAUCUUAUCCUCACAAUUCACAUAGCAGAGUUAAUCUCUUUUCUCCAGAGAUAGUGAUUUAAAUGAAUGAUCUGGUCCCAACAGCUGCUCUAUUCAACACUGGCGGGGUUAGUUUUCUGAUCAUGUACAUAUAUUUAACGUUAUCCUUGUAGACAUCCCAAUCCCUGUUCUUCAACAAAACGUGUUGUUUGUGAAUACAAACAAAUAAACACAGUUAACUUCCAUGGAUAGCUAUUUGAAUGAAUAAAUGGCUAUUUCUGCC